AAGCCAUUUACCGGCCUUCAUGUUUUCCUCGUUCAUCCAACGGCCCUGAUCAUUUGUCCGAAGUCAUAGCCUCUGCUUCCAAAAGCCAUUUCUUCUCUCACCAUCGGUCGCUAGCGCGUCCAGCGCGUGUCCCUUCAUACUUAUAAGCCGAAAUUUCUACGUUCAUUGAACCAUAAUUUCCCUUCCUUCCUCUUUUGCCUAUCUGCUUAACUUACUAUGACGACCCCGAGGAACGAUCGUAUGUACGAGAGUGCCGGGAAAACUCGUAGAAGCCCUCCUGGAGGGGAUUCGCAAAGUAGUGGUUUCUUUCAGACGGGACAGGUGCCCAGCCACUAUUCUAAUCAAUAUUUGCAGUCGCGGUCGUCGCCUGCCAAAGCUGAACAUCCAGUGUCUACUUACAGUCAGUGGCCUACAUCAGCUACCCCUGUUUCUGUAGCACAGCAACAUUCAUCUCCCCUUUAUGAACACCACUAUGAUUCAAGAUAUCAACAAGCGCAAGGCUAUCAACCAUUUCCUCCGCGGACGUCGCCUCCAGUACCUCCUGAUUCCCGCAAGCUCCCUCCACUUAGCGUUCCGCCAACUACGAUGAGGGAUGACCGAUGGCAGGGGGGCACUUACGGUUCUGUAGGACCACAACUGAACUAUGGUGACAUACGUUCGCCUACCGCUACCUACCCUUCGGAGUAUGCGCAAUACCAGCACCAAAGCUCUUACUCGUACCCUCCUGUACCCGAUACGCGUGGCCACCCAAGCCAGUUAUCAAUGCAUCCCUGUCACCCAAUGUCCAUGGGAAUGUAUCCACCAGAACGCGGGCUUCCAGCGCAAGUCGAGACCCAUGGAACCUCUCCUUAUUCCCGAGGUCCAGUUACAAAUACGCCCCUAACUCAAGAACCGGCAGCAAUGCUAUCCACGGAGGAACCGGCGAUCAAGAAGAAGCGCAAGAGAGCUGAUGCUGCGCAACUGAAGGUACUGAACGAAGUAUACAGCCGUACGGCGUUUCCUUCGACCGAGGAGCGCGCCGACCUGGCGAAGAAGCUCGAUAUGUCGGCCCGGAGUGUUCAGAUAUGGUUUCAAAACAAAAGACAGUCCAUGCGGCAGACAACCCGCCAAGCCUCAAGUUCUGUCAACACUGCGUCGCAGCAUCAAUCGUUUUCCGCGCCAUCUCAAGGAGGUGACGCAAGCCAUGCACCUUACAGCGGCAGCACAAGUCCCACUGCCGGCCCCACACAGCCAUACUUACCGCGCUCGGAGUCGCGCGCGCCUGGUAGCCUAGAUGCUAGGUCGUCGAUCAAUACCAGACCUGAAGGUGAUCCUCGCAAAUGGUCGAGUCGUUAUUGAUCUCGAUCAGAUUCACGUGCGAUUUCGCUAUCCCCUAGAUUCCCCCAUAUACCAGAAGUCAAUUCCUACCAAUCUUUGCAGAUUAUAUUUGUUAGGACAUCGAUCGUUCUUUAUAUCUACAGGCUUUAAUUGUUGUAUAUAAACCAUCUAUUGGUUGGGUGCAUCUGAGAUCCACAUGCGUCUUUGCCUCCUUGUUCACUUUAUGCACAGAGUAUGUGUAGUUUGUAUAAUUGCGAUUGAGACUUGUACCGUCCCCCUUGUUAGUGCGGGCUUGAAACUCGCGUUUCUGCGAUUCCAGUAUGAUGUCACUCGGCAUCGUACAGCUGUGACUCCAUUGUCAUCGAGAUAGUGAUAGCGCCCACUACAGAUGAUAGUCAACUUUAUCGCCCAAGUAGGUAGGUCCGCACGAGAAGGUUCAAUAAGAUACACG